UUCUGAACUUAUACUGUAAACACCCAAGGGGAGUAGUUUCUUCUGCCUUUUUCUCGCCCUCUCAAGUGGUGAAGCCAUCGAAGACGGGGGUGGUGGCAGCAGUGGUGGCAGCUGCAACAGCAGAAGUAUCAGCAGCAGGACUGGGAUAUUUUGCCAGGAGAGAUGAGUGUGUGUACUCACUGAAGAUGUAUACAGGCAGUGGGAUAAGUAAAGAAACACAACAUAUAUCUCCUCAUAUAGCAGCCCACAAAUCCUCCUUGGCACCAACCUCAUCUGUGUCCAGUAUUACAUCAGUGGCAGUGAAUUCUGGAGGACUAUAUGAUCUAGCUCACCACCCAGCCAACAAGAGUGCUUUCAACACUCAUAUUCCAACCUACAAAGUAGGAAUGCACCAGCCCCAUCACUCCAUUGUGAAGGGUCUGGACCACGAUGGAGCUUCGCUGCUGGGACGUCAUGGACAUAUUGGUCUACCCACCCAUCAUUCCAAGAGUGCACCACAAGAUCUUUCUGCCCAUGCUAGUGGGACAGAAAAGGCAUUACCCCUGGAGCUAACACCUCAUUCUUCAGCUCACCACAAGCCCUUACCUCACAUCCAAUCUGUAGUUAGUCAAGGUGGUAGCCAUAUUGGGGGUUUGGUUCCAGCCCAUCAGACUGACAGAGGUGCUCCCUAUUUUCGUAUGCCAGACUCUGUCAUAAAUGUGCAAGGCCCAUCUGCUGUGCUUGUGUCUUCUGGUGGAGAAGGAGUAUCCUCAACCCCACACUCCAUGGCCCACACAACUACAAUGGUACAUGCAGGCUCUGCUCAUAGUGGUGCCACAAACUUGACAACAAUGUCUGCAGCAUCCAUGGCUUGCACGAUGCCAGGUGGAGUGGCAAGUACUAUGUCUCAGAGCCACUUAAUGCCAAAUGACUGUAGUGCAGUAUCCAGUGUUUCAACUGGAGGUGUAAUACCUCAUCCAGACCUCAGAGGCGUUAAAAAAGAGAAAUCGGAGCAGCUAGAAGGAAUGGGUAUGGCGGCUGGGCAGAGAGAUGAGUGCCAUCCUGAAGCUGGACCUCAGAGAGACCUGGUUCGUCAGGCCCUCCAGGCAGUUGUCACCCACCCUCAGCACAAAACUGGUAAUGACCAAGAAGUAAUUGAAUAUAACUACACAGCUGGUGAUAUAGCAGAGUUGUUGAUGAUGAACAUCCAGGUCAAUGCAUCAUUACAAGCCAUGAACAAAGGCACUGGCAAUGACAAUAUUCCUCAUGAAAAUGAAUCAGAAGAAGUGGUCAUGCUUCAGCCAGCAGAAGUUAGUGAAACAAACAGUACAUCAUUAAUGUCUCAGAAUCCUAAGCGUCGCCGUCCUAAGCUAUCAGAAGAAGCUCAAGCAGAACGGCGAGUCAGAAUUGCCUUACGUAUGAGGGAAAAGAGAGCAACAGAGUCAGAUGAUCAAAAACGAGUGCGUAGAAUAAGAGAAGCAGAACGAAUGCGCCGCAAAAGAGCAACUGAGGAUGAAGAUCAAAAGGUAAGGAGAAGAUUAGAGGCAGCUAAUCGAGCAAGAAACAGACGUGCAACUAUGACCUCGCAAGAGAGAGAAGCAGAUAGGCGGCGUGCAGCUGAACGCAUGAGAUUAAGAAGAGCCAAUGAGAGUCCUGAAUCUAAAAGUGUGCGUCGUGUAAAGGCUGCAGAACGAAUGAGGAAAAGAAGAGCAAGUGAAACUCCAGAACAACGUGCUCAGCGUCGACAAAAUAUAGCAGUCAGAAUGAAAGCUCGGCGUAAGCGUAAAAGUGAAGGAAGCAUUAAUGAUGGUGAUGAGCUGACAGAUAUGGAGCAUUCAGUAGAUAACAGAUUAGUGAAGGAUGAAACCACAAGGAGUGUUACACAACAGGAGAAUUCUGGCACUGUAAAUGCUAAUCAGUCAACACCUCAGGCUCAGGCUGUUACCUCCUCACCUCACAUAUUUGUACCAUCCACCAUUGGUGUGGGUGGUGGAAGCAUUGCUGUGUUACAUGUGGAUUCUCCUUUGCCACCCAUGUCAGUUGGACAUGCAGGAGCACCAGGGCUCUCCACUGUGGACAUGGCCCAGCUAGGUCAGCCGCUCUCCUUACAGAAAUCCAGCUCAGCCAACCAAGAUCAGCCCCUACCAGCACCUCGAUGGGGGGCAGGACAUUUCACCCGCUGCCCCACAGUUCAUCAGCGCAUGGAUAGGAAUCUUCCGUGGUGGCCAUGGAAACCCACAGAUACUUAGAGCUGGAUGUUGUGAAGCAUGCAAUGGUGAGCCAGGGGACUGGAACUUCCACAUCAACUCAAGAGACCUCAUCACUUACCAGCCUCCUCACCAGUCCACACAGCACUCUGGAACCCCUGUCUCUGCACAAGGCUUCUAGCUACCAUCACCAUAUACCCCACUUCUUACACUAUCAUCAACCACACAGUAGCUCCUUACAGCAGCAUCCACACCACCACUACCAUCACCACCAUCACCACCAGAGUCAGCAGCGCCACCAACACCAGUAGUAAUUAAUUCCGAAAUAAUAAACACAUUCAAAAUAUGAGAUUCAAGCUUUAUGAAUAAGGACAAUUGAUAAUAAUUAUUUAUUCGUAAGAUAAGGUUAAGAGUGUCUUGAUAAUUCAAAUUAGGAAUGCAAUUACCAUUUUCAAGAUAAUGCCAUGCAGCAUGAAUUAAAAUUUCCUUAUUCCCAGUAUUCCAUCUUACCAUAAAAAAAAUGAAUAAAUAAAAUAAAUAAAUAAAAAUAAAAAUAAAUGGUCUGCAACAAAAGCAAACAAUUUAAAAGCUGCAACAAUCACACUUAGCACUGAGCUCCAACUCUUUCCCAUUUCCUUUCAAGGAAACAAAUCACAUCCUCAAGGAAUCUACAAGGGCUGCACAGUAGUAAAAAGAUUUGACUUUAAGUUUCUUGAAAUAAGAAUAAACAUUUCUCAAAAUGUUUAUUUUUCUUUUAAAAGCAUGACAUAAAAAUUAAUAAGAAUGGCCCUUUUACUCAGAAUUUACAGAGUAUAUACUUAUUUUGUAUUUUUUCAGCAUAGAUUAUAUACUUGAAUUUGUUAGGAAAAGUAUUACAGUAUUCAUGACGUUACUGUGUAAAAAGAAAUGACAAUAAAUUAUAUACAUUGUAUUUGUCUAUGUGAAAACAUGAGACAUGAUGUGAAUGUUUUAUACUUCCAUAUUGGAAAAAGUUAUUAAGCUAAAUGAACACGGUAUAUGAUAUUUCAAGAAUUUUAAUAUUUAUUCUAGUAAUGAUUCAUUUUCAGUGCAAUACACUUUUUAAGCAUAUUCAUUGCAAUAUGUACAGGCAUUAAUCCCUGGCUGUGAAGACAGACAUGCAUGAACUGUGAAUAGAGACCUUCUCUUGCUGAGCAGAGAAGUUUGAUAUGUUGUAUCAUGAAAAGAUAGUUGGGAUCUUUAAAAUUGUUUCAUAAUUAUUUUUUAAUUUAUUUUUUUAUCUUGACUUUUAUUAAUUUAUUUAUUUGUGGAGAGAGAGAGACAGAGAAAGAAAGAAAGAACAGCAAGAACCUGUAUAAUGUAUCAAUAUGUUUUUACUUACAGAGUGUAUGAACAUCUUAAAAGUAUAAGAGUACAACUAAUAAAAUAAGGAAUUAUAUAUAAAUAUCAAUGUCACACCUCUCAUUUGUAAAGUUUUGCUAACUGAGUAUAUGCUUUUAAUACUUUAUUACUAUCUCAUUUAUUUAUUUUUGUAAUGUAUUUUAAGUGAUGAUAGCAUGCAUCUGUAAGAAAAAUAACAAUUAAGAACGAUUUCUCUAAA